AUGCCUGCCACAGCAGGAAGGGUUCGCAUGCCCGCGAACAAUCGGGUGCAUAGUAGUGCUGCCCUUCAAACCCAUGGUAUAUGGCAGAGUGCAAUUGGGUAUGACCCCUAUGCACCCAACAAAGAGGACAACAAGACUUCUGCGCAACCCAAUUUGUCGAACUCUGAACCAGACGCUGAGAAUGCGUAUGCGAGCUUCCAGGGCCUCCUUGCGCUUGCCCGUAUAACUGGGUCCAAUGCUGAUGAGGCUCGUGGGGCUUGCAAGAGGUGUGGCCGUGUUGGGCACCUCAACUUUCAAUGCAGGAACUUUCUGAGUGUUAAGGAAGACAAGGAGAAAGACCCAGACACGAUUCAGGCUGAUGUUGCGUCUGAAUUGGGUAAGUUGAAGAGGAAGCUGGGUAGGACAAAUGGGAAAAACGUGACUGAGAGUGAAGAGAGUGAGGAUGAGGAUGAAGACAGUGAGAGUUCAGAUUCAGAUUAUGAUUCAGAGAUUGAGAAGAUCAUUGCUCAAAGAAAUGGGAAAAAGGCCGGUAGAAAGGAUUCUAAAAAGAAGAAUGAAAACUCAGAUGGUGAUGGGUCAGAUACGGAUUCCGGGGAAAGGAAGAAGAGAGGAAGGUCAAAGAAGAGGAGUAGCAAGAGGAAAUACAAUGAUGAUUCAGAUGAUUCAGAUGAAGGUAGGAAGAAAAGAAGGAAGGAAAAGCGGAGGAAGAGGGAUGAGUCCUCAGACGAGGAUGGUAAGCGCCGGCGGCGGCAUAGGAAGAGUAGGAAGGAGAAGAGGAGGAGGAGAAGUCAUCGGUAUUCGGACGACUCUGAAUCUGAUUCAUCUGAAGAUUCUCAUUCUCGUAAACACCGCAGUCGGAGGAGCAGAAAGGCAGUCACACCAUCUGAUUCUGAUGAUGAUUCACGGGUAGGUAGGGGCAGGAAGCGAUCUGAGAAGAAGAGCCGGAAGCGCCAUCAUGAGGAUGAUGAAUAA